AUGGCUCUCCAUAUAUCUGGUCUAAUAAUGAUGAUCAUCUUUUAUUUGUUGGUGCUGGGGAUUGGGAUCUGGGCUUCUUUGAAAUCUAAGAAGAUGGAGAAAAAUUCAGCUGGUGGACAGAUGGAAGUUUCUUUUUUGGCUAAUCGGAGGGUCACCUUGGCAGUGGGCGUCUUCACUAUGACAGCUACUUGGAUUGGAGGUGCCUUUAUCAUUGGAGUUGCAGAGACUGUUUAUGACCCCACGAAGGGGCUAAUCUGGGCUCUCAUUCCUCUACAAAUGUCAGUUUCAUUCAUCAUCGGUGGUCUGUUCUUCGCAAAGCCGAUGCGGGAUAAAAAUUACAUCACCAUGAUGGAUCCCUUUCAGAGGAAGUAUGGGAAAACACUGACCGGGCUUCUCGCCAUCAUCCCUUUCAUAAGUGAAGUCAUGUGGGUUCCUGUCACACUGAUUUCCUUGGGGGUCACACUUUCCGUCUUUUCCGAUCUGCCCUUAAGUCUCUGCAUCUGGAUCUCUGCUGCGGUGGCCAUCGUCUACACAGUUCUUGGAGGUCUCUAUUCAGUUGCUUUUACUGAUGUCAUCCAGUUAUCACUGGUGUUUUGUAGCUUGUGGUUGUGUGCUCCCUUUGUUCUGGCGAGUGAUGUCUACACCGACCUCCGUCAAACAGCUUUCAACCACACGUUUCAGGCGCCCUGGCUCGGACGCCUUGAGCCUGAUGACGUGUGGAUAUGGAUCGAUAAUUUUUUCGCAAUGAGUGUUGGAAAUUUGGCGUUUCAGGACUUCCAUCAGAGGACACUCUCCUCCAGCUCCACGGCCACGGCCAGAAUGAUUUGUUUCAUAGCGGCAGGUGUGGUCAUUAUUCUGGGAAUUCCACCUGUGCUAAUCGGAGCUGUUGCAGCAUCAACAGACUGGAACCUGACCUCUUAUGGCUCACCUUCACCCUAUGAGCGAGGAGAGGCUGCCAUGGCGUUGCCCAUUAUCCUUUUGCAUCUUACCCCCACCGCUGUUUUCGUUGUCGGCAUGGGAGCCAUCGCCGGGGCUGCCAUGUCAUCCACUGACUCAUGCCUGCUGGCGGCAACCUCCAUCUUCACCACCAACAUCUACACCCUCGUUAGACAUCAGGUAUCAGAGAGAGAGCUGCAGUGGGUGAUCCGCCUCUCCAUAGUGGUCGUAGGGACUGUAGGAACCUCACUCACCUACCUGGACAGCAGAACGCUGGCUUUCUGGAUCCUCAGCUCAGACUUGACCUACACCGUCAUGCUCCCCCAGCUGAUCUGCAUCCUCUUCGUUGGAUCUUCCAAUGCCUACGGAGCCAUGGCAGGUUACGUUGUUGCCUUUGUGAUGAGAGUGCUGUGUGGCGAGCCGGUGUUCAACCUUCCCGCCAUCCUGCGUUUCCCUGGCUGCUCUCUGGAGGAUGGUGUUUAUGUGCAGCGCUGGCCUUUCAAGACCACUUGCAUGCUGUCCUCUCUGGUCACCAUCCUGGUAUUUUCUUAUGCGACGUCGCUCUUGUUCAACAAGGGGAUCCUCCCAGAGAGGUGGGACCUGUUCAGGGUGAAGACUCAAGAAGAAACAGCACCAGCAGAUGGCACCAGACUAGGUGAAAAUGAUAAACAUGCAUCUGAACCGAUGUUGGACACAAGAUGCUAA